AUGUCCAUUAUACAUUUGCCUGGUAUGCGAUAUAUUCGAGACGGACAGAUUGAAGAUAUUGAAGACGAUGAGGAUAGAAAAAUCGAAUUAUUACCACAACAUUGGAAGCCAAUGGAACAGCAUCCGCAACAUCAAGCUUUCUAUCAAACAACAGCUGAUUAUAACGAAGCGGCAACAUUUGAAUUAUUAAGAAAUAGAUCUUACCUGGAAUCAGCGGCACUCUCAGCAGGGUUGCCUCCACCUCCUCCACAACAACAACAACCUCACUACUCGUUCUCCCCGCAGCAGAUUUAUGCCAAUGCUCCAGGCAAUUACUAUCAGCAGUCGCUGCCACCACUGCCACAACAACAACAACAACAACAACAACAACAACAACAACAGCAGCAGCAGCAGCAGCAGCAAUUGGAUUUACAGAAGCGUCCUAUUAGAAAAAGAAGAAGGCCCCCUCAUUCGUAUGCCUCAUUGAUUGCACAAGCAAUUUUAACAUCAAGAGAUCAGCGACUCACCCUGAGAGAAAUCUACGAAUGGGUUCAAACCAGAUAUCCCCACCUUUAUGAAGCUAAUGAAACCGGUUGGCAGAACACUAUUCGUCACAACCUAUCACUGAACCGAUGCUUUCGAAAACUCCCUCGAUUGUCACAGGAUAAUACAGGCAAAGGCAAAGGCAGCAAGGGUGGCUACUGGACAGUUGAUCUGGAGCAACUGAAUAAUACAAACUUUGGACGGCAAAUUCUUGAUAGUGGGUUUUUGGGUAACAUUGAGUACUGGCAUCAGCAACAACAACAACAACAACAACAACAGCAGCAGCACCAGCACCAGCAACAGCAACAGCAGCAGCAGCAACAACAACAACAACAGCAACAACAGCAACAACAACAGCAACAACAGCAACAAGUAAACGACAGAGUUAGCUUAGUCGAUGAAAUCGAUUUCAGCAAUCUGGUCUCGCCAUUCUAUCAAUCGAACGGCAAUGCUAAUGGUACAAAUGCAUCAGCAAACGGCACAUCAGCGAGCAAUGACAACAAUAAUGCAGUAGAUCAAACAGGCAAUCAUCAUCAUACACCUGAACGAUAUACAACCGACGCCGACGAGAAUGCAAGAAUGGCCUCUUUCCUUGCCAGAUUUAACAGCAAUAAACGAUCCAUGUCAUCAUUAGGAAGCAUGUCGAGCUCCAAAACGAGUUCAGUGAGAGGUUCAACAUCUCCCCAUUCACCUGCUACCACAGAUAUGGAUGCACCUAUUUUAUCAUCGCAAUUACAGCAGCAAUACCAUCAGAAGCUAGACAUGGAUCCCUUAUUAAAUCCAUCAUUGAUGAGAGUCAACAACAUCUUAAACUAA